UGGGCAGCAUACUUAUCAGCUUAAUUAGUAAUCAAAAUGAAGAUUGGUUUUACUUUGUCCGUCGUUGUUGUUCUGUUGUCGUGCGCUUCGAUUGCAUAUGCAGCAGAUCCGAACCCUCUUCAAGAUUUCUGUGUUGCUCUUCCUGAUAACAAGGCCGGUGUUUUUGUGAAUGGGAAGUUUUGCAAAGACCCCAACUUGGUGGUUGCGGAGGAUUUCCUUUUCCAGGGUCUCAACAUUCCCGGAAACACAUCCAACCAGCUCGGAUCGGCCGUGACUGCAGUCAACGUUAAUCAGCUUCCAGGCCUCAACACGCUGGGUGUUUCCUUGGCCCGGCUCGACUUUGCCCCCUACGGCUUGAACCCACCCCACACUCACCCGCGUGCAACUGAAGCUUUCUUCUUGUUGGAAGGGGAACUCUACGUGGGGUUCGUCACUUCCAAUCCUGCCAAUGCUAACCAGAGGAACAAGCUCUUCACCAAGUACUUGAAAGCCGGAGAUGUCUUCGUCUUCCCACAAGGCCUCAUCCACUUCCAGAUCAACGUCGGCAAGACCAACGCUGUUGCUUUUGCUGGCUUCGGCAGCCAGAAUCCGGGUGUCAUUACCAUUGCCAACGCCGUGUUUGGGUCGGACCCCCCGAUCAACCCUGAUGUGUUGGCCAAGGCCUUCCAGGUUGAGAAGAAUAUCAUCGAUUACCUUCAGGCUCAGUUCUGGCCCAACAACUAAACAUUCUGAUUAAGAUGGACAUACAUGUUUUGUGUGUUGUCUUUUUAAUAUAAUAAAACAGUCAGCUGAUUGACUUGGAAAACUGUGUUUCCAAAUUAUAUACUUAUAUCAUGUGAUUAAAAAUUUAUAAUGAAAUAUUGCUCCUUUA